CUCGCAACGACAGGCGAUACAUAGCCGCUCCCCGCAAAUGAUAGCCCGUCUCGAGCUCGUCUUCCUCGUUCCCCACAGCUCGCUCGUCUUCCUCAUUCCUCUUUGAGGUCGAGCCCUCCUCCGCCUCCUACCUGCCGAUUAGGGUGUUCGAUCCGGAUUCCACCUGCUCUGCUUGGAUUAGAAGAUAUAAAGAAUGGCUGCACAAGACACUCCUAUGAUCACCGAGGAUGACUAUGAGACUCAGCAGAAGAAGCAAGCUGCUGCAGAUGUUCUUUUCAACUAUUCACAGUUUGUUAUGGUGUGCAUUGGUGAGGGAGUUCGCCCGACUGAUCUCCGGUUGCAUCUUAUGAAGGAAAUUUCAGGGAUGCCCACCUCUUUGAAGGAAGAGCCACGGCAGGCAGCUGCCUCCCCAAAUUCUAGCGGUGAACCAUCAUCCUCUGGGACGAUGAAAGAAGACAGGAGCGAAAUCCCAUAAGCUUCAUCUGCAUCUUGCAAGGAGAUGGGUAUCUCAGGAUGAUAGGCGCUGAUUUGUGAUCAUAGAGAUGUAAAUAAGUUAGCAUGCUUGAGGCGAGGCCUGGUUUGGUUUACAGCUCUGAAGAGCACAUUUUCCUGGCGGAUGGUAACGUGUGUGAUCAUUUUUCAAGCCACUUGCAUUGCAUCUAUUAGUUGGGGUCCAUAUCUUCCUGCCAUAUGGGUAGAUAGCCUAUAAUCGCAGAACAAUACUGUUGUGUUGUACAUGUCUUCUGUUUAAUCAGAUUGAUUGGAGGUUC